AUGAAUGACGAGCAGGAGGUCACUCGGGUUGAACGUGUGGUAGCACGCUCCACGUUAAGGAGGACCACGGUCGUAUCGCAAAUACGCCGUAUUCAUGCGAUGGCGCUGCGCGUACCAAAUGAGCCUUUGUUAGGUCCCGAGUUUUCGAUGAACGCCGCAGACUUAGAUUCGUUGUGGAUUCAAUUUAAAUCGGAAAACGAUGAGGUAUUGGACGGGCUUUCGUUAUUGGGUAGGACCAAUGAUUAUUCACCGGAUUUACCUUCCGAGGUGCGGCAGUUGAUUAAUGCUGCAAAGGCUGUGGCCACAAAUUUGAUACCCAAGGGGGCGGAAGCCAUUGAUUUGUCUUAUAUUCAGCAGAAAUUGCCGUCGAUUUCAACUUUUCCUUUAGACACUACGACGUCAUCUUCACGAUUGCCGGAAAUACCUUUGCCGUCGUUUUCGGGUGAUUUCCGGGAGUGGCCUGGUUUUCGAGACAAAUUUUCUAUGCGCGUUGAUGUUCACCCCUCUAUUUCGACCAUAGACAAAAUGUACUACUUAAUUAGUUGUCUAAAAGGUUCCGCAGCGGAGGCGGUACAAGGCAUUCCGGUAGCCGCCGAUAAUUAUCAAUUAGUAUGGUCCACGUUGUCGAACCGGUUCAACCGCCCGCGUUUAGUCGCAUCGUCUAUUCUUGAACAAUUGUUACAUGCGUCAACUAUGACACAAGAAUCUCUAUCGGAUCUAAGUGCAUUUGUAGGUACAUUCCACGAAAAUCAAUCGUUGUUAACAGCGCUUAAAAUCCCGGAUAUAGGCUCGUUUAUUUUAUUUUCUAUGGCCUUCCGGUGCUUGCCGGUACAUACGCGUAAAUUGUUUGAGGCGCAAAGCACCGCGGACUAUCCGACCCUUAACCAGCUUUUAGAAUUCGUUAGGUCCCGGGUGGCCAUACUAGAAGUAGUGGGUGACUCAAAAAAGGUUGGGGUCAAUACUGUGCCGCAAAAAGGUGUAAAGCUGACGGGCGCGUCCGGCAAAGGGGGAGAACAACCCGGUAAGCGAUUAGGAUAUCGGCCGACAUCGCUAGUUACUGCCGACACUGAUACUAAGUGCCCAUGUUGUUCUAAUUUCCACAACCUGACUUCUUGUACGCAAUUUAAAUCAUGGUCGAUUGAAGACCGCAUGAGUUGGACGCGUGAACACAAAUUGUGUUUAAAUUGUUUUAGCGCCGAUCAUUGGGUGCCGCGGUGCAAAGUGAAGUCAAACUGUAACAAGUGUUCCCGCAAACAUAACUCUUUACUCCACAGUUCGGAAGUAGAAUAUCGUAAUAAAGAUGAGACCCCCUCCCCGCUAAUGUGUCUAUGUGUGCGUCCGUCCCGCGACCACCCGCUCCAGCAGCGACGGCCGUGUUGUUAG